UAGACGUUCACGUCCAAAGAUAUCAUCGCCAGCACACCAGAUACGUCAUCGUAGGCCCGCCAAUGAUGAGUUUUCCUCAUCUACAACACAAUGAUCUUAAUCAGGCGCAAAUUCAGAAGCUUAACCAACUGCAACACCUCCAACAGAUGAACUACUCGCCACAGGUUGCUGCUAGAGGGUUAAACGCUCAGUAUCUUCAGCAGCAGCAGCAACAACAACAACAACAACAACAGCAACAGCAACAACUUCACCAUCAUCAACCACAGCAGCAGUUCCAGAUUCCUCAGAGUACACACAUCUCACCACAGAUAACGACAAUCAGGGAGGUAUGGUCCGAUAACUUUGAAUCUGAGUUGAAAAUCAUUCGUCUUCUCAUCGAGAAGUACAACUAUGUUUCAUUCAGUACCGAAUUUCCUGGGAUACUGGCAAGACCAAUCGGUGUUUUCUCCUCUACAGAUGAUUACCACUACCAGACUCUAAGAACCAAUGCAGAUCUGUUGAACCUAAUCCAGUUUGGUAUCUCUUUAAGUGGACCAGAUGGAAGUAAACCUGAUAACAUUCACAGCACAUGGCUUUUCAACUUCAAGUUCGACCUGAACUCAAAGAUGAUUUCAAGCGAAGCGUAUGAAACCUUGUCCAAGACAGGAAUCGACUUCCCAAAGCAUAACGAGUUUGGUAUCGAUCAGUUCGAAUUUGCAGAGAUGUUGACCUCGUCCGGGCUGGUGUUACUUCCAAACGUCUAUUGGUCAAGCUUCCACGCAGGUUACGAUUUUGGAUUCCUAGUGUCUCUUUUGACGAAUAACAUGAUGCCUGCAAAGGAGGAGGAGUUCUUGAGCAAAGUCAAGACCUUCUUCCCUGCGCUUUACGAUUUGAAGAUACUAUCAAGAUAUGUUGGUGCUAAUGGUGAACAGAAGGAACCGAAACACACAUUGGAGGCAUUGGCAGAGGAAUUGGGCAUACAUAGGGCAAGCGCUUUUGUAUCAACUGGAGGACAGGCGCUUUUGACCAAUUUCUGUUUAAUCGAACUGAAGAAACGUAUUGGCAACAUUAACAAGUUUUCUGGAUUGAUACACGGUUUGAUUAAUGAGCCAAUUGAUAUGUAAACCCUGUUAUUUAAUCUGUAUAUCGAAACCAAC